AUGGCAGCGCUCGUACCGCUAGCCAUCAUCACACUCCUUGCUACUGCUUCCCUCUCAGCCCCCGCCACGGCCCUCUUUCGGGCUACCCGACGCGCUCAGCCAGAGCAUCCCCCGGUUGAAGACAACGCUGAACCUUCACUCGACAGUCAACUUCAGCCAAACGACGCGCCCAUAGUGGAGCCAAGAAGCAUUCUUGCUGCUCUGUUGGGCCACGCUGCCGCUGUCGUUCUCGCGUCAAUCCGUCUGACGACGCCGACUACCAUCUCCCAACCCCUUCCAGCCUCUGACGAGCCCCAGAAGACGCGUGUUUCUAUUGCACAAGAUGGAGAAAGCGUCAGCGUCGAGACUAUGUUGGCAUCACAAGCCAACGACCAAGUCCAAGUUCGUCCUGACACUCCUCGGCCAUUAGAUACCGCCAAUCCUCCUCCUCUUCCCGCUACCUUUCCUGUGUUUGCGCCUGUCGUCGGCCCGACGCUGACGACAGCGCCCAGCCGACGUUCCGUGUUGCAGCCUUCCCCAUCACAUCAUGGUGUACAGCUCUGGCCACCACAUGUCGGGCAACGAAAUCUUCCGCCGUAUUCAGUCGAUAUGAACAUCUCUUGGGAAGAGAUAUGGCCAUCACCCCGCCAGACUCUUGGGAAUUCAGCUAAGACAAUGUCAACCAAUAGUAUGACACUUGUCUGGUCAGACCCACCCACCCGUCAAUUCGUCCCCAAAGACGAAAACGACGAUGACGAUAAUACUUGUGGCUCCUCAUCAGAUAUGGACUCAGACAGUGAUAUGGAGGACGCGUUUGAUCUUGUUCAGCGACUGGACGACGACGACCUCAUUUCUGCCCUUCAAGCACUCUCUCUCUCUGAAAUCACUGCAGCCAAGACCAAGCCACAAUUAUCUUCGGCCCAAAUUCAGGCAUUCCUCGCAUCUCUGCCUCCCGCAGGCAUUUCGCCUUUCUGUCCCCCACCGACACCAACGCCGCCCCCGCCUCAGCCAGCUUCAACCACGGUUACGUGGAGGCUGGACUGGUGUUGA